AUGCGGUCCAUCCUCACUUUCACAGCGCUCCUCGCAACCUACAAAGUCUCCGCGCACGGUGGAGCCUUGAACUACACAGUGGGCGAUACAUGGUAUCCCGGCUACGAUCCCUACGGCGACCAAACUAUGCAAGACAGCGCGCCCUGGAUGGUCCAACGGAAAUGGAUCACAAACGACCCCAUCUUCGAAACAAGCAACACAUCCCUCUCCUGCAACACACCCGGCACCCCCGCACGAUCCUACAUCCCCAUCACCGCUGGCACCAACAUCACCGCCGCAUACGCAUACUGGGUGCACACCGUCGGCCCCAUGAUCUACUGGCUCGCAUACUGCGACAACCCCGCCAACGACUGCCACACCUUCGACUCUGCCUCGGCCUCGUGGUUCAAGAUUGGGCAGCGAGGCUUGCUAGCCGGCACUGUGGAGAAGGGGACGUGGUUCCAAAAGGCGUUUAGUCGGUGGGACGGCAGUCCUAGUUUGUGGAGCGAGACUGUGCCGUCGAGUUUGAGGAGGGGUAGGUAUUUGGUUAGGCAUGAGAUUGUGAGUUUGCAUAGUGCGAAUAGACCGCAGUUUUAUCCCGAGUGUGCGCAUUUGGAUGUUCAGGGGGAGGGAGAUGGGUUUCCUGGGGAGGAGUUUCUGGUUAGGAUUCCGGGGGUGUGGAGUAUGGAUGAUCCGGGGAUCAAUAUUGAUAUUUAUCAGCCGAAUGUGUCGACGAGGACGGAGUAUAAGAUUCCGGGUCCACCGGUCUGGACCGGAUAG